AUGCAUGAGCUGGAGCCGGCGGGUGAAGCCGCCGAGUUUAAUAUUUAUUCUUCGGCCAAGCAGAUGUGCCUGACCGCUGGGUGCUCCGUCCCUCGGUGCGGCUCCUGUUACACCUGUACCCUGCAGCUCAGGCUGGCUUCCGCCAGGCAGUGGUUCCUCCGAGCCGGGCAUCUGGCCAGGCAGCAGUGUCUCAUCGGGCUGGUCCGCAGGGUCAACAGCCUGGACCUCCUGCUGCAGCUGGACAGGCUCUUGCAGCCCACCCUCGGCAAAGACUUCACCCACUCGCGCUCGUCCGCAAACCCCAGCCUGCCCGAGGAUCUCAGCACCCUGAGCUCCAACCACACCUUAGACACCCCGGCCCUGCACCGUUACAUCGCAGGGACCUGGGACUGGUUCGUAGGCAGCGGGCACUGGAUUAAGACCAACUACCUGCUGGGCCUGUUUCAGAUGUGCGAGGUCCACCUGCUCCAUAAUAUUGGUAAUCUGAUCCGGGUGCUCAUAGUCGACCAGAAAGUCCUGGACUCCCAUAAAGGGAAAGGCAGGGAUGAAGAUAUCAUUUCACUGCAGGGAUCAAAUUAUACCUUUCGGACGGAUGAACAUCUUGAACUCAUGCCGCUGUCUCAGAUCUGGCCUGAAUAUGCAAUUGUCUCACCUGAUAUGCUUCCAAUGAGCCUGCGCUAUCAUUCAGAAGAUGAUGUUGUUGCAGCUCCAGGAAGUAAUAUUCAGCCAAAGGUUGAAAAGAUGAGGAAGAAGCAAUCGCUGUCAUUGACGGAUUUCUCCCCUGAAGGUGAACUUCCAUCUUUGAAAAUUAUAACUUCAUCUUUCGAGGCUACCUCAGGGGUUAGUCAUCAUAAGGACUUCCUUCGCCGUCUUCCUAUUCAUCUGGCAAAAUGUAUACUUGGUUUCCUAGAUCAAAAAUCUCUCAAAAGAUGUAUGUGUGUGUCACGACACUGGGCCUAUUUGGUAAAGGAGAUUAUCAGGGAUAAACUGACCCUUCAGUGCAUUUUUGAUGAAGUCAUCAAGUUACAGAAAAUAGGUGACAGAACAAAGGUGCAAACCAUGGAACACAUAAAGAAGGACAUGAAACAAAAAGGCCGCAAAGGGAAACAUAAAGGGAAAGGAGGAGAGAAAAUCAUAAAGCAGAAAAGAAAAGAAACAACCUUAGAAGCCUGCGUCAGGCAACUAGAAAAUAGAAAAAUACACUUAACUAACAAAGCAUCCAAGAAGAUUGACACAGAAAUAGUGCAGGAAAGAGCACCACAAAAUGUUAACAUUGCAUAUGCAAAAAUCUGUCAGAUUCCAGUACCAAGAGUAGAUGAGAAGGGAUUCACCAUACCAACACAAAGUUUUGGAAAAAAGAUUGGAUUAGGAGCAUCAUAUUCUGAUACCCAAACAGACAUGGUACAGAUGGAGGAAAGAAAUGUUUACUGUGGUCCUUACAAUAUAAAAGUCAUCAAACAACAUACUGACGCUAGCAGGGUAAUCCACUAUGAUGGGGGACAAAUGAUAGCUGUGGGUUCAUCAGACGGAAGAAUAAGAUUUUUGGAUCCCAAUCAUUCCAAAGACAUUUCCCUUAUAAUGCAUGGGCAUACUGGACGCAUCAGGUCACUGUUUCUCAGUGAGGAAAAAGGCUUUUUACUGAGUGGAAGUUAUGACCUCAACAUCAGACGGUGGGAUCUGAAGACUGCAUCAUGCAUGAACAUCUACCAUGGUCACACGGGAAUCAUUACCUGUCUUGACCUGCACAAGAACAUGUUUGCGUCAGCAGGAAUGGACAAUAAGGCCAAAGGAAGCCAUGUGCUCAUACACCUGAGUUAUGGUCUGGAUUUACUGCUCCAUGCAUAUCUGCACAAUGCCUCUGGCAACUCUGCCAGAUAUUCCCCUGUUCGACACCAACUCCAGCAGAUUCAAUAUGGUCGACACCAGAGGCCUGUCAUCAGCUUGGGGCUCAGCAUAGGCCUGGCCUUCAACGGUCCUCUGACUAUCAGGAUCCUUGUGUGGGACGUUUACAAAGGAAAAUGCCUUUGCAGCUUCAGGCAUGAAAGACCGGUUCUGUCUGUGGCUAUCAAUGAGAUGUAUGUGGUGAGCGGAUGUGAGAAGGGAUUGGUCCAUGUCUGGUGCAUCAAACCUCCUUCAUUAGUCAAGGUUCUGACUGGUCAUACAGACUCAGUUACAUGUGUGUCUUGUGACCAAUGGCAUUUGGUCAGUGGAAGCAAGGAUAAAAACGUUAAGGCCUGGAGUAUGAUUGGAAAAUUUAGUGAAUGCUUAAUGACGCUCAAACAUCCAAAGGAAGUGCUGUGUCUGCAAUUCCUUUAUCUGCGCGUGAUCAGUGGAUGUCGUGAUGGAAAGAUCCGAAUUUUCGACCUAUCCAGUGGUACCUGUCUAAGAGUAAUGAGAGCAACUGGCCAUGGUGAUCCAGUGCUAUCCCUACACCAUGCUAGAGAUACGAUAGUAAUAAACACUGUGUCCAGUGUGGUGAAAUUUCAGUUUGAGGAGAUUACAUGGGAUUACACGGCACCAGCAGCAUUUGAAACUUUAGCGCUAUAUGACAAAUUUAAAAUGGCACCACUGAGGAAACAACCGUAUAGUUAUAUCCGUGCUCAGCGCAUGAGAAGAAUCGGUUCAACCAAUGAAAAGAUCUACCAUAGACAGGAAAAUCUUUCAGAAGAGGGCCUGUUCCACCAUGCACGCUUCUUGUCAACCAGGUGCAUGCAGGCAGCACGAAGGAUUCAAUCGAGUUCUCAAUAUCGGUAUUCAACUGCACCGCACAUUGACCUGCAGUCAGAAACACCUUCAAAACCACCCUUGAGGAGCCCAGCGAUGCUCAGCCAAGAGAGCUACAGAACAGAUGCACCAUCCAGAAUUUUGUACGGUAAAAGGUCUGACUCCUUGUCAAAAGCUUCUAGAUUUCUGUCAGCCAGUGAACAGAAUUCAUUAAAGCGCAUUAAAAGACAUCGACUCUAUAGGCCAAGAACCUCAGAGCAGAUUUACUUGACUGUCGGUGCGAUCCACAAUUCCCUCAGAUUUGAUGAAACAUCAAUAAACACUCUGUACAACAAUUCACUUGCGGAGGACUGGGGUAGGUUCUUAUGUCCUCUUGAAGACGCUGGGAUAAAGCUCCCUAAAACAGCAAAAAAGAAGCCCAAAGUCAAAAUCAGCAACGUUGUUGAUGCUGUUGAACCAACAGACGACUGUGUUGAUGUCAAAACACUCAUGGCUCCUUUUGAGUCACAAGGACAAAAAUCUAAAGAGAAAUAUACAUUUCACGGUUUCGACAUGUGUUUUACAACAAAAUCAAUGAUAAAACGAUCAAAAUCAACACUAGGCUUUGUAGAUCCCAUCAAGUUUAUAGAUGAAAAGAAUAGACCCCAAUCUGCAAUUGAAGAUAUGAAAAAGAGUAGGAGCAAUAUAACAAUUGGCUCCAAUAUAGGAUAUCAAGACAAAGCUGUCCUAAGUUCUACUGCGAUACCCACGAUAGAUUCCAAAUUGAAGUUACAGCAAACCGUUAGCAUGAAUCCAUAUCGAAUCAAUAGUGGCUUCAAUCUUUGGACAACAAAGCAACUAAAGGAGAAUGCAGAAAAAGUAAUCAUGGAACACAAUGUUUACCAGCAAAGAAAAAAACAGGAAGAGCACAUAGCUAGACGGAAGGCUUGGUUAAAGAAAGGUCAGGGAACAGAACUUGGGCCUGAUUUGCGUAAAUGAGCUGAUGAAAUCUCAUGUUAGAAAGCAGUUCGUAUAUACAGUAAUAUAUUGAGUAAUGGUUUAAUAAAUCUUUUGCCUGCUGUACAGAUAAUGUUAUACAUGUGUUUGUGCGUGUCAACUAAGAUGUAUAAAUGGUCAUAAAGCAUUUAGUGUCUGAAAGCAGG